UUGCAUUAUACUCAAUAACCUUUAACAUAAUUUGCAAACAUUGUAUUGACCUUUUUGAGCGAAGUUAGCAGGAAAAUAUACAUAAUUAUAUUAAAUUCUUUCAAAAUAAUAGUAAAAAUAAGGUAUUGAGGGUUUGCUUGGAUAAUGUAGUGAGGGCGCCGGUUAAGCAAACCGCCUCCCCUCAACACCCGCCCGGCUAUUUUAUAUAGGGUAACCUAUUUCUAUUUAUAGUCAUAUUGGGUUCCUAGUUUAAGGUCAUCUGACGUGUACGUUGCAGCGGAUUUUAAAGCGAAAGUUCUCACUGAGAAAGAACAAUAUAUUACUUCGCAACAAUUAAUUUUUAUGUCUACAAUUGUAAAAAUAUGCUGAAAAUUGGUUUACGGAUGAACAAUAUUCUGAACACAUCGUUAAAGGACUGAUCGACGGACUUUUUUUCAAUAAAGCAAUAAUAAUAAAAGGAAAUCAUAGUUAGUCAAGAUUUGUUUACUGUUACAAGUUGUAAACUGGUUUAAACAUUUUGGUAUUGAUUUGUCAUUUAUGGCAGACAAAUAUUAUAGAGUGGUUUGCUUUGUGGUAGAUAUUUGUGCUGAUGUAUUAAGGAAAUAUUUCGUCAAACUUGCAAAAAUUGAUGCAGGGAACACUUAUACAUCAGUUGAUGCAUACCUAUCUCACAGAAAUUGGGAUGUGAUGCAAUUAUUUAAUAACAAAAAGCUCAGGAGAGAUCAGUAUGAUUUAUUGUAUCCUAUUAACGGCACCGCGGAUGAAAGCAAAUGGGACGUCUCAAUACUGAUAACAUUGAUAACAGAACUUUUUGUCACCCGCCUGCAGCCACUCGAAGUCUUCGCGUUGAAAACUGAAAUUCGAGGGAUUCGAAAUGAGGUGCAGCAUCACCCAAAUACUGAAAAUAUUUCAGAUAAUGACUUCGAUGAUUAUUGGGAACGGUUGGACUCUUCUGUUAGGCUUUUAGCAAAUAAUGCACUUGAUCCAAAUGAUGAAGCAUCCUUACUCAUGAAAAUAAAUCAAGUAAAAUGUAAUCAUCUACCAAAUCUCAGUAAUUGUUUACGUAUUUGGCAUGAAGAAACCUCUAAGCAGUUGUUAAACAUUAUGAAUGAAGUGCAGGCAAAUUCCGAAGAAACAACUUCCAUUCUCAGGCAAGUGACUGUCCAAAAACCAGGACCUUCAGGGGACAAAAAUAAAAGAAUCAAAGUUGCUGAUGAUAUUCUGGCACGGCUUCAAGCGGGGUUUGAGUCAACAAUGAAAGAACUAUCAGGCGAUUUCAACCCACCAAGUGAAGUCACUGAAAUUCGAGCUAAACUAAGAAAUUAUCAUCACGUGGUUGUAACUGGAUGCAACAAUAGCCGUUAUUUUCAGACCGCUCUUGCAGCAAUAAGGGGGAUGGACUAUAACUACAAACGAAGCGUAGAAAUGCAUACGUCAUCUGAUUGGCGGCACAUUGAUCCACAAAAUGUAGAUUUGGUUUUAUGUAGAGAUCCAUUUGGAGGAUUUUCUUACGAUGAAAGCAAAACUAAAGCCAUGGAAGAUAUAUUUAAAAGCAUGAUGCAUUCAACAAAGAGAGAUAAUGGCGAUAAAGCCUUGGACAUUGUCAUAGUUACUGACCUGAAUAUAUUGGAAGAGUGCAAAAUGCAUCACGACCACGAAAUCUUAGACGAAGUGGUAAAAGUGUUUACUGAUACAAGUUCAGCACAACCGGCUGAUCUUACAAUAGGAUGUAGACGUCAUGGACAAUACGCGCAAUCGUCUUCGCUGCCGGUAACCAGAAAUAAUUUGGGAGCUUUAACGGAAUGUUUCCUGAAGGCUUAUAAAAUAUCCAGUGGUCAAGUAGAUGAUGAGAUAUUUAAAAAAGCAAAGAAAAGUUUCCAAGUAAAUAAGGCUAUAGUACUAACAGGGCGUGAGAAAUGUGGUAAAACUUCUAUAGCUGUUGCAUUGGCGUCUGCCUAUGAGGAACAGCAAUGUUUACUUCUGAAGAAACCACACGAUAUUGACAAAAUUGACUUCCCAAACAUUUGCUUAGUGAUCAUUGACGAGUUUGCUGGGAAAUAUCGUUAUGAGGAAAAUGAUGUGUACGAAUGGUACAAUAUGUUUGACCACCUGUACAAUACCGUUAUAGCAGGACAGAUGAACGUGAUAAUAACUUGUGAAAAGGAUAAACUAGAAAAAUGUAUCAAAAAAAUUGGACGGCAUGCCAUUCUUGACCAUGUGGUGGAUGUAACUUUACAAAACACUGUCGUUAAAUUAGAAGUAACUGAACAAUAUGGACAUGUGUCUGGACAGAUAGUCACUGCAGAUCAUUUUACAGUCACCAUGUCAAAUAUCACACAGACACCGAACUACACAUCAUCAUUGUUAGGGGACCCGUCACAAGGGCCAAUACCGCUGUCAAGACAUGACACAAUUCCGAUUUCUACAGAAAAUACUUCAAUUUUAGGACUAGAAUAUGGACAUGUGUCUGGACAGUUCGUCAAUAUGGGUCAUUCUACAGGAACCAUAUCAAAUACCAUACAGUCUAAGGACUACACAUCAUCAUUGUCAGUGGAACCGUCACAAAUGCCAAUCUUACAGUUAAGUCAUGACAGGAUUUCUACAGGAAAUACUUCACGUCUAGGCAGAGCACAUGUGGAAGGAAUACAAAAUCCGAUGCAGUUGAAAAGAGGAUUCUCUGGAUUGGAAAGGGUAUUACAGACUGAGACAGAUGAUUUGAGUGUAAAGAGAUCGAGGUUAAUGUCGUCUGGUUUAUGGUCAGCCGAAGAGAAACGUGAGAUUAACAUCAGGAUCAAGGAUGAUAGGAAGCAUUGUUACAUUUCAGGAAGUUGUAUACUACCUUCAGGAGAAAUUCUGCUUGCAGAUGACACUAAUAAAAAGUUGAAGAAACUUGAUGAUAUGUAUAAUGUAAAGUAUGUGUGUGACCUUCCUGAUUGUCCACGUGAUGUUUGCUAUGUAGGGGAUCAUGUAGCUGUUGUAACACUGUGGAGUAAACUUCAGUUUGUUGAUACUAAACGUAGUAUGAUACUGAUAAGAUCCAUUGAUAAAGAUCAUGGUUGUCAUGGUCUGACUUGUCAUGGUGAUCAGAUGUAUGUUAGAGACCUUUAUGGUUCUGUUUAUAGUUAUAGUACAGAUGGUAUAAAGCAGCGGAUAAUUUAUUCACUUAGAAAAAAUAUAUAUGAUUAUCAUGAAAAUAUUACUGUGAGCAAUGAUGGAAGUAAAUUAUACCUUCCAUAUGAAAACAAGCUUGUUACCAUUGACAACAAUGGUAACCAUUUGUUUACAUUAAACAAUGAAGACAUAGAUUUCGAAUGUGGAGUUUGUGUAGAUGAUCAAGGUUAUGUUUAUGUAAAUGAUAUGAAUGGGAAUAUUUUACAAAUAAGUGAAGAUGGUAGAACUAUACUUCAAGUCAUAACAAACGUAUCUUGCAUGAAAUAUGCAUUUCCUCUUACAUUAACAUUUGAUAGGAAAAAUAAAGCUCUGAUAGCAGCAGGGUGGUCAGACACAUUUAGAGUCUUAAAACUAAGGAAAUAAUGUGAAACUCAAACAAGAUGAAUACAUAGGAUACCGUGAUCAUAUAAUGGACAAUAUUUCCUAAUAUAUAAUACACUUUAUUGUUAACUGCAUAAUGUAUACUUAAAAUAAUUCCUCACUUGAUGGUGGAACAAACUUGAUUUUUCUGGUUUUACAUCAAUGCAGAGAGAAUGCAAGAUAUAUGUGUUUAUAAACUUUGAUAAUUUGAAGAGCAACAUAAUAAUUUAAUUAUUUUAUAAGUUAUCGCCCAUUUUUCUUGUCUGGAAUGGAGUCAAUUAUUCGACACACAUUUCUACAACACUGUAUUUCAUUCCGUCACUGUUAAGAGUUGUUUCCUGUGUCAUCUACCAGUUGAUAUUUCAAUAAUAUUAAAAUAUUUCAUAGAACUGAAGUGUUUUAAAAGAAUGUAAAGGUGUCUAUAAUUAUAUCAAUAAACUAGAUCUGUAAUAUGGACAUGCAAUGUUUUAUAGAUAACUUUAGAGGCGUACAAUACAAGACUUUAUUAAAUAACUUUACGUCAUAAGUUUUUUAAAUCAAAGUGCUGAAGGCACUGCAGUUGGAACGUAUGAAGGAUCAAAUAACUAUUUUUUUUCUAUUUCGGGGCAGAUAAUUCAAUGUGUGAAGGGUGUUGCCGGUUGAUAAAUAUAAAGUGCACACUUCAGUAUAUGAACAGUAGUUGAUACAAUUAUUCUAUGACACACAUGUUCAAAUAUAAUAUUUAGGUUACAUGUAUGUGUAGGUCCAUCAUAAACCGUUAUUGGCCUUUUUUGACAAGAGCAACGAGUGAAAUUAGAGCUACCAGAGUAAACUGCAAGCUCGACUAUUUUAACACAUGACAUAAUAAAGGGAGACAAAGCUAUGAAAAAAUAAUCAAUUGUGAUAUAUAUAUAUAUCAAAUUUUCUGUAUCAGUAUCAAGUAAACACUCAAAUGGUCAAUAUUUUUUGCAUCACAUUAUAUGAAUGUGACCAUGUCGUUAGAACUUAUAAUGGCUUUUGUUUACUGCACUUUUCAUGCAAAUCUCUUUCACUGUAUAAAGUUUAUAAAGUUUCAAUCAAAUUCCUUCAAUAUUUUAAUCCUCUCUCUAAACAGGAUCAUGAAAUAAUAUAUACGAAUAUAAUUCAAAAACUAAGUAAAUAAAUGUAGAAUUUUGGUUAUUUGACACAGGACUUCUGCUCACUAGUCUCUACAACUGUAUUUAGUUUGAGUGUGAUAUCAUUGAAAAGAUUUACUCCAGACAACCAUUAUUUUAAAUGAUGUUGUACAUGUAUUUUAAGAGAUGAUAAUUGUAAAAUUAAGCUAGGAAAAAUAAGGGUUCUUUGAAAAAACACUUCCUUUCACUUGAUUGUUUUAGCUGUGUAAAAGUUUAAUCAAAUUUCAUCAACUCUUUUCCAGUAUUUCUCUGGACAAGCAUAAUUAAGUACAUGUAUAAUAAAGGGUGAUAAUUAAAAAACUAAGAAAUGGAGUUAUGGUUCUUUGACACUUUGGCAAAUUCGAGUCGUUCAAAUUGAUGUAGAUUCAGUGAUAGUUUGGAAUAAGCAUUUUUAACUUAAGGGAGAUAAUUAUGUCACGGUUCAGAACUGUUCACUAUAUAGGGGAGAAGAUGUGUAAGCGGCCGGAUAGCUCAGUCGGUAGAGCCGCGGUACGGUAUUCCGAGGGUCCCGGGUUCGAGUCCCGGUCAGGCUGCACAUUUUUCUCACCCUGUGACAUUUGGCGCCCAACGUGGGGCCGUGACUGCUUAUAGCUCAGAGUUCAAUUAGCAUUGCUCUGUAGCUUUGUGAAAUUCGAGGACGAAUUUCAAUACUGUGGUGAAGUAUGUCACGGUUCAGAACUGUUCACUAUUUAGGGAGAAGAUGUGUAAGCGGCCGGAUAGCUCAGUCGGUAGAGCCGCGGAACGGUAUUCCGAGGGUCCCGGGUUCGAGUCCCGGUCAGGCUGCACAUUUUUCUCACCCUGUGACAUUUGGCGCCCAACGGGGGACCGUGACUGAAUAUAGCUCAGAGUUUCAUUCACAUUGCUCUGUAACUCUGUGAAAUUCGAGGACGAAUUUCAAUAUAGCAGGGAUUAUGUGACGGUUCAGAACUGUUCACUAUUUAGGGGAGAAGAUGUGUAAGCGGCCGGAUAGCUCAGUCGGUAGAGCCGCGGUACGGUAUUCCGAGGGUCCCGGGUUCGAGUCCCGGUCAGGCUGCACAUUUUUCUCACCCUGUGACAAUUAAAACAUGUAGCAAGGUAGAGUUAUGUUUCUUGAACAUUGCACUACCUCUUAAAAGUCUCUAUCACUUUGUAAAGUUUACAUACAAUCCCUUCAAUACAUAUCUAGUUAUAUUUAUAUUCCGGACAAGAGUGUGAAGGACGAAUGUCUUCCUAAGUUCAGACCGUGUUUUUUUUUCCUUAAUCAUCUAAAAUCUCAAAAACACCAUAAAAAACAUAUUUUCCUCCCAUGAGCAACGUUUUUCCCCAUAAGAACAAGUCUGUAUGGAAUGAACACGGAUAUUUAUCCAAAAUAUUACUUGAGUCCAUACCGACAGAUGGUUAAGACCGCAACUAUAUUCUCUCCCUUUCAGGAGCACAAAUUAUAAUAACAUGCUAAAUCUCCGUAUAGUUCUAUAUCAGAUACCAGUAUGAUGAACCUUGCUUUUGUACCUUUUGAGUAAUAUCAAAAUUCAGAUUUCAUUGACAUACAGAAAGGGAUCAGCCUUUAGUCCCCUCUUAGUGAAAACAGAAGGGGACUAAUAACAACAAUUUAUUCUCAUAGUUUCAAUUCUCAGGUUUAUUACUUUUCAUUAAACCAGGCAAGCUAAGAUACAUGUUAAAACCACAGGCACUAGACACAAUUAAUUUACCCAUGUACGCUCAUAAUACUAUAUAUAAAGAAUAAAGAUCCCUAACGAGAGAAAACUAUCAUGCAAAACAAACAAGAACUGUUCUGUAAAAAUUUACCAGAUCACUAUUUUAUCUUUGUGGUUGUCUCUAGGAAUAAUGUAUCCUAUCAUAAACACUUUUACUUCAUUGAAAUCCUUCAAAAUGCUCCAAAGUACGAGCAAGUUUCCAAAUUUCACUGAAAUGUCAUUGCAUGUCGUUUUCGACGCCCAAGCAAUGCGUGUAAAAAAAGGUGAAUUCUGGUCAAUUUCUACAAAAUCAACGAAUAACUGUUAAAAUUUCCACAUACUUUCUUUAAGGCAACCUGUAUACAGUCAAACUGCGAAGUCUUUACUUCUCAACUGUCCGACGAUAACGCUAACAAGCUAAAACAAGAGGGCCAUGAUGGCCCUGAAGUCACUCACCUGUAUAUAGGCCCCACGGAGCGGGGCCAGUUUAAACUCCAGGGCUUUUAUUUGAACAAACUUGGUAGACACCCAUUAGAAGAAGUUUCAUGCUAAACAUCUAAAGUCUAGCUCGUUUGGUUUUUCAAAAGAAGAUUUUUAAAGUUUUUUCUUUACACAUAUAUUUAAAAACAAUUACACUUACUAGAAGAUGUUUCAUGCUUAAUAUCUAAACUCUAGCUAUUCAGUUUUUUUUUAAGAAGAUUUUUCAGUUUUUCCUAUACACAUAUAAGGAAAAUAAAUGUCCCAUGGGGCGGGGCCAAUUUUGACCCAAGGGCUCUUAUUUGAACAAACUUGGUAGACAUCCAUUAGAACAUGUUUCAUCCUAAAUAUCUUAGUUCUAGCUCUUUGGGUUCUUAUAAAAAAGAUUUUAAGUUUUUUGUUAUAUUCAUAUAGGGAAAAUCAAUGACCUCCCUGGGGCGGGGGCAAUUUUGACCCAAGGGCUCUUAUUUGAACAACCUUGGUAGACAUCCAUUAGAAGAUGUUUCAUGCUAAAUAUCUUAGCUCUAGCUCUUUGGGUUCUUUAAAAGAAGAUUUUAAAGUUUUUACUAUAUGCAUAUAGGAAAAAUCAAUGACCCCCUGGGGCGGGGCCAAUUUUGACCCCAGGGCUUUUAUCUGAACAAACUUGGAGACACCCAUUAGAAGAUGUUUCAUGCUAAAUAUCUUAGCUUUAGCUCUUUGGGUUCUUUAAAAGAAGAUUUUUAAGAUUUUACUAUAUACAUAAUAUUACUUAUAGGGAAAAUCAAUGACCCCUUGGGGCGGAGCCAAUUUUGACCCCAGGGCUUUUAUUUGAACAAAAUUGGUAGACACUAACUAGAAGAUGUUUCAUGCCAAAUAUCUAAGCUCUAGUUCUUUGGGUUUUUUAGAAGAAGAAAUUUAAGGUUUUUUCUUUUGGUUGCCAUGGCAACCAGAGUUUGGCAUGGAAUUAAAUUCUUUGAACAAUUUUCAAUGGUGACCACCAAAGCAACAAUCCUGUGAAGUUUGGAUGAAAUUGGCUUAGUGGUUUAUGAGGAGAUGUCAUUUAAAGUAAAAAUUUACGGACGACAGAGGACGGAUAGACGGACGGACGAAAAGCGAUCACAAAAGCUCACCCUGUCAUAAAGUGACAAGUGAGCUAAAUAUUAAAAUUAUUGACAGCUCCGUUCCAGAAAGUAACCAUUUCCUACAUAACGGCACUGAAUGUUAGGUAAAGUAAUGAUUGGUUAAGCGGGAAAUCCGAGUUUUAACAUUUUCCUUCAACACAGUGUUCAUGACUGGCCUUUACUAUUGACAGGGAAUUCAACUCAGACUAGCCCUCUAAAAUACUCCAACUAGUCCAAAGUGUUCAUAGUGCCAAUACAGUUAUGAUCACUACAUCUGGAAACUGGAGAUUCCCAGCGACUGUGAUCCUAAUCUUCAUUUGCUUGACAGUGACACAUAUAAAUUAUAUGAAGUGCAAUAAUUUGCAACAAAAUGUUUAUCUUAUUUGUCUCUUCUUACAUUUAUAAUGCAGAGCACUAGAUUUGUGUGUCUGUAAUACAAAAUGACUUUCAAUAAUACUAUUUAAAUAUAUUUGAAAUACAAUUUCUUUAAUAAAUACUCAUAGUAAUACUUAA